AUGGCGACCGUCGAUGAUACCGGUGUCUGCAGGGCACUCGUCCUCCACGGUGCAAAGGACCUCCGACUAGGAACAAAACCUGUUACUGCCCCCACCACCUCUGAAGUGCAAGUCGCCAUCCGCGCCACCGGCCUCUGCGGCUCAGACCUCCACUACUAUAACCACGGCCGCAAUGGCGACUUCGUCGUGCGCGAGCCCUACUGCCUGGGCCACGAGUCCUCCGGCGUGGUAACCGCCAUCGGACCCGAGGUCACCAAGCUACAAGUUGGCGAUCGGGUCGCGCUCGAAGUCGGCCUGCCCUGCCGCAAAUGCACCCUCUGCCGACAAGGCCGCUACAACAUCUGCCCCGAAAUGAAGUUCCGGAGCAGCGCUAAAAUAUUCCCCCAUCUCGAUGGCACUCUUAUGGAGCUCACCAACCACCCAGCCGACAUGUGCCACAAGCUCCCGGACUCCGUGUCCUACGCUGGAGGCGCCCUCGUCGAGCCCCUAGCCGUCUGUCUCCAUGCUGUUCGGCGCUCGCAUCCCCCAUCCAAGGAGGAGGUGCAACUGGCCGAGUCGGUAGGAGACCAGUCCGCAGCUUUGAUCUUUGGCGCUGGCGCCAUCGGUCUACUCCUGGCCGGCGCGUUGGGAACGGCGGAGAAUUUCUCUAAUAUCGUUGUGGCUGAUAUCGACCCGGCACGCUUGGCUAUUGCCGAGUCGCUGAAUCUUGGUCUCAAGACUGCUCUUAUCCCGAAGGCGGACCCUGCCAACCCACCUCCGGCUAAGGAUGCUCCUCACGUUGAGCAAACUGCUUAUGCGUUACAGAAUGCCCAGCGUGUCGCUGCUGUGCUGAAGGAAACUAUCAGCUUGACUUCCGGCUUCAGUCGUAUCUAUGACUGCACGGGUGUACCAGCCUGCGUACAGGCGGGGAUAUACGCCGCUGCUCCAGGCUCCGUUCUGGUGCAGAUUGGCAUGGGUAAUCCCAUCCAGACCCUUCCCGUGGGUGCGGCAGCUCUUAGGGAGGUCGAUGUCAUCGGUGUGUUCCGGUAUGAUGGGCAUGCGUACCCCGCUGCUAUUGCCCUAAUGGCAAGCGGUAAGUUCAACCGCGUCGAGGAGCUGGUCGUUACGCAUCGGUUGCCGUUAGAAGACGGAGAGAGGGCAUUUGCUUUGGCUGGAAAGGGCGUUGAUGAGGCCGGACGACCUGUUGUCAAGGUCGUCAUCGAGAGUUAA